CGACUUGAUUUUUUGAACUUCGCGGGGAGAAGCAACUCACUUUGACAAAACUUCAACACAGCAGCGCACAUCGGUGUGCCGCACAGAAGCGCAGCGUACAGUGCACUCGCAGCCAUCCAUCCGUACAGUUGGAUGUCACCGGCAACGGCAAUCAUUAGCAAGACGUGAGCGUAAAAGCAAAACAAAGAAGUUGUGAUAAAAGAAGAAGAAGACGAAGAAGUGCAGCUGCAACAGAAGUCAUCACAAAUACUACGUGUGAUCUUGAUCUUGAUCUUCUAUCAUUGAAUUCAGCACAGCAAAUAAAAAGCACAGAGACAACAGAAGACUCAGCAGCAAUCAUCAUCGAUGUUGUUGUUGUUUUUAUAUAUUGGUGAUAUUGCUGUUGCAACUACGGUUUUCUUGUGAACCAAGCUCAGCCCAAUUACAGACAUCUUUUCUCUCUAUUACAAAAAAAAAAAGUGUGUUAACGCGAGUGCCUACAUAUCGGACAAAAUCAAAUGAAACUCGAUAUUAAUUUUAAUAUAGUUGCUAAUGUUACCGUGGUAAUUAGUAAGGUUCUUAUCCGCAAAAUGUUUGUGUAUACAAAUGUCUAGUACAUGCAUACAAAUUUACAUAAGUAUGUAAAUGUUGCAAUGCCUUUUGAACUGAUGUAAAGUGAAAUGCAAAAAUAAACAAACUGAGGCCAUAGUACAUAAAUAAAGUCUUCAAAAAAAAAAGGUGCCGCGAAACGAGAUAACAAUAGUUGUAACAAAAGAAAACAACAAAGCAUAAAAAUAAAAAAGUGUCAGUUUCAAACAGAAAUUGCUUAGUAAAAGAGAUUUGUAGAAAGAAAAAACAGUUCAGCGCUUAGACUUUUACUAGAAGUUGAAUACAUACAUACAUAGCAGCACAAUGACGGCACAUGAGCAACCGAUUAGCUAUUUGGACAGCAUCCUGAAUGAGGAGGAGUCACGCUGCGAAUACAGCCAUCAGUGGCGAAAUUUCACAAUCUCACGUUCGGGUCGCUUCAAGUCGAAAAAUCGCAAACGCGAUGUUGUCGAUGGUAAACUCUUCGAUGUGGACAAUGCGAUGUCGGCGUCUUCUAAGUCGUCGGCCGCCAUAGCUACGGGUCAUAGCCGUGUCACGGCGCCCACUACCAUGAAUCCACACUACAAGCAGGAGCCGGAUAAGAAUACCCUCCGCCAACCAUCCGCAAUGUCAACCAAACUAUUUUCAUCACAGUCCAUGCCAUCAGCCUCCGCUAAUUCAACUUCAAGAAAUACGAUGAUUCGUGAGAAGACAGACAGCUACAAAAGUUACUACGAAACGAAUUUAUAGAUGUCUAUUGCCAAUAAUGCGAAAACUACAUAAGUACAUAUUUUUACGUAUAAUUUUUUAAAUAAAACUUUAUUGUGAAUACAUGUGUUAACGUUCAACAUGCAUAUGUAUUGCUUUAUUUUAGCUGAAGAAAGUAACUUAAAGACAAAAAUUAUUUUUGUUGAAAUUAAGUGCCUUUUAGUAAUUAAUGCUAAACUAAGCGCAUACUUUUGUUAGAAAUGUCAAGCGCAAACGUUACAUAGUUAAAUUAAGCAUUAAU